GUAAACGCGGAUCAAAGCAGCACAGCUAUUAGACUGUACAUUGGCCAAUCGCUUCAGUUAGGRGUUCAGAGCUCAGCGUGUGCGGGUCUGCGCUUUGGUUAUUUUUUUUUCCUGGGAUUCAGURCAAACAGUCUUUUCAAGUGCCGAACAUUUGAAAUCCUCUCUCUUAUAAAAGAUCCAGACUCGUCUUCUGAUUGGUCCAGCYCUGUCACCAGGACAACAAGUAAAAGCGCGGGCUUUCCUUUGAAGAGAAAAGACCCUCCGUUUGCCUUUUUAAAUUUCGUCGAGUUAUUGGGCAUUACUCUACGAAAAAAGGACGUUUUGAAUGAAAAAUUACCCCUUAUGGAAGAUAAAAACAGUUUCUUUGCCAAGUUGCUGAAUGGUGCAAUAGCUGGUGUUGUUGGCGUUUCAUGUACUUUUCCACUCGACUUGUGCAAAACAAGACUACAAAACCAGCUGAAUAAUGGCGGACCCAAACUCUACAAAAACUUUCGAGAUGUUCUUUUCCAAGUUGUUAAAACAGAAGGGMCAAGAGGCUUAUAUAAAGGCCUGGGUGUCAAUGUGGUGUUAAUAAACCCAGAAAAAGCMAUCAAACUUGCAGUGAAUGAUCAACUGAGGCAGAUGUUUGGAGGAAGACGGCAUAUUCUACCUCUACACCUUGAAAUGAUAGCUGGAGGUGCAGCAGGCUUUUGUCAGGUUGUUAUCACAACACCAAUGGAGAUGCUUAAGAUACAGUUGCAAAUGGCAGGAAAACCAGUUGUUGGUAAGACAGUAAUUACCAGUACUGGAUCAUCAGUACCAGUCAGAUCAUUUGGUACUGCAUCAGUAGCUGCAUCAACAUCAGCUCUUCAGAUAACCAAAGAUCUUAUACAGACUAAAGGCAUUAGUGGCAUGUAUAGAGGCUUGGGGGCUACAUUACUAAGGGAUAUCCCAUUUUCCUGUAUCUACUUCCCAAUGUUUGCAUUUUUAAACCUUAAAGGAAUAGAUUCAUUUGGAGGACGACCACCAAUAGCAUACACACUAGCAGCUGGCUGUUUAUCGGGUUUAACAGCCAGUGUAGCAGUAAAUCCCUGUGACGUCRUMAAAACAAGACUACAGCUGUUAAACAGACCUCAAGGACAGCCAUCAUAUCAUGGUAUCAUAGACUGUGCUAGUAAAAUAUACAAAAAUGAAGGAUUCUCAGCAUUCUACAAGGGUGCUGUCCCAAGAAUGAUAGUUAUUGCACCAUUAUUUGGUAUAGCACAGACCGUAUACUUAGUGGGCGUGGCUGAGUGGAUACUAGGGGUUGAUAAACAAAUGUGAAAAUUCAAUAUGAAAAAAAUAAUAUAAUUAUUACAGAUGUUAUUUACUGAGAUAUGGACAACAGAAUUGCAUUAUGGGAUGUUUGAGGGUUAACCUCUUUAAUUUGAAUUGCAAGCAAAAAUUACUACGUAGAACACUUUGAGGCAUUUGUACUUCAAUAGGCAAUUUUUAAAAGGUCUUAGACUUAAUAAACCCCAAAUCAACAGAGGGUACAGAUUUCUGAAUCAAGGCUCUUAAUGCUAGAGUACAUGAUUAUGCAGGAGAUAAAACAACUGACAAAGUUUGCAAUCAAAUUAUAAGAGAUUUCUAUUUUACAAAAUAGAAAGACUGUUGAAUUUGAUGAUAAACUUUGAAACGUUUUCCACUCAGGCAACUACUAGAUAGGGAAAGCAUUGUGCAAGUAACAGUUAAGCACAUUAAACUACUUUUUGGGAGCACAAAUUUUGAUAAAAAAAAAUGAAGAGACUGAAUAUUAUUAAGAAUUAUCAAUGACAGAGAAAUCUCAAUUUUACAAUUUUUUAUUGAGGUAAAGUGUUAUAGCGGACUGCAUGUGAUUAUAAUCAGAAGUCAUUUUUAAAUUAAUGAAAAGAGUGUGCUGGCAACUUAGUUUAAGCCAUUAGACAGUGUUCUUUGUACAGUUCCCUGCACCAUUUUGAAAGGUACAUGUAAUUAACAUGGCUUAAAAUAAUGACCCUAGAGCUUGCGAUGAUAAAUACCAGCCUGUGAAUAAUAAUAUUGUCUGUGUAUAGAUGUGAAAAUUUUUUGGCUAUAUGAUUGCACGCUGACAACAGUCGUCUUGUAAUGCAAAGGCAUGGCUACUUUAAUUUCAAGAUGGCACAGGGAACUGUGAAAGAAACUAGUCAUGUAUUUUCAGUAUUGAGUGAAAAUGAUCUGCUAAUCACAUAGUUGCUCAGAGAGUCAGCCACAACACUUUUGACAAAAGACUGUAAUUAGAGAGUUAUUAUGACAAAGAUUGGGACAAAUAAUUUUAUUAAAAGGGUUUUAUGAUUGGGUAAAAUAUUUAAUUUUAAUAUUAAGAGUUUUGUACAAAUUAGAUAAAGAUUAUAUUAGACGCUUUCUUACGUUUUUGUAAAUAAGAUAAUUUAUAAUUGUUGUGAACCAAAUAAAUCACAUUAAAA